AUGGCAAGAACCAACGCUUCCAUGUUGACAAGCUUCGUCUUGGUGGGGCUGUCUGACCACCCAAGGCUCCAGACGGUUUUGUUUGUGCUGGUGUUGUGCAUGUAUCUGAUGAUACUGCUUGGAAAUGGGAUUCUUAUCUCAGCAGUGUUCCACGACCUUCACCUGCACACCCCCAUGUAUUUCUUCCUCUGUAACCUCUCCUUUCUGGAUAUCUGCUACACAAGCGCUUCUGUCCCACUCAUUCUCAGUAGCUUCCUGGCCGUAAGGAAGAGCGUUUCCUUCCCUGAGUGUAUGGUCCAAAUGUUCCUCUCCUUUGCCAUGGGUGCCACAGAAUGUGUGCUUCUAGGCACAAUGGCACUUGACCGCUUUAUGGCCAUCUGUUACCCACUGAGGUACCCUGUCAUCAUGAGCAAGGGUACCUAUGUACCCAUGGCGGUUGGAUGCUGGGUUGCUGGGCUGGUUGAUUCACUGGUGCAGACAUCCCUUGCAGUCCGAUUACCAUUCUGUGCUAAUAAUGUCAUUCACCACUUUGUCUGUGAAAUUCUAGCCAUUCUGAAACUGGCUUGUACAGAUAUUUCCAUCAAUGUCAUCAGCAUGGCAGGGUCAAAUCUGCUUUUUCUAGUUAUUCCAGUGUUAGCCAUUGGUGUCUCUUACACUUUCAUCAUUGCCACUAUUUUGAGGAUCCCUUCCGCUGAAGGAAAACAGAAGGCCUUCUCCACUUGCUCUGCUCAUCUGACAGUGGUGAUUAUCUUCUAUGGGACCAUCUUCUUCAUGUAUGCAAAGCCCAAGUCUAACGCCACUGCUAGGGCAGGACGUCAAAGUGUGAUGGACGCCCUCAUUUCCCUCUUCUAUGGGGUCAUGACACCCAUGCUCAAUCCCCUCAUCUACAGUCUGAGGAACAAGGAUGUGAAGGUUGCUGUUCAGAACAUGCUGAGGAGGAAAACGUCGGAUAAAACAUAA